AAUUAGUUUCAGAUCAUAACAGACAGCACACUUCCUAAGUUCUUAUAGUUCCCCUAAAAUUAACAUUAAAAAACAUCAUACGACAGCAACACUGUAAGCAAGCAAGAAUCAUAAGCCUAUAUGGACGCCGACCAGAAAUUAUUGGCCUUGAAAAGGGCUUAUGCAGAUAUAAUCUUGAAUACUUCUAAAGAAGCAGCAGCUAGAGUUAUGGCGUCAGAGAGAAAAUCUCAGCAGUUAGAGUAUGAACUACGUGCAACGAAGGAGGAGGCGAUUCAGAUGAUGCUGAGACUUAAGAAGAUGAUGGAUGAUAAGAUCAGUGAAGCAAAUAGGACGUCUCAGAAUCAACAGGAAAAAAUUGACGAACUUGAAGCACAGCUUCAAGAAGCGGAAGAUAUAGUAAACGAGGUCAGAGAGGAGCUAAGAUAUGCUCAAGCUAAGAUUGAGGGCAUGACUAAAAACGAUGUGCAGAACCAAGACAAACAUGAGAAUGCUGCUUCAGAAGUAGCAUUUAUGGAGAAUAGACAGUACAUUUCUCAGUCCAUUUCGAGUCCUCUACAACCGGACAGAUUUUCUCUUGCAGCUUCUGAGAAGGAGAAAUCAUACCUGAAUCAGAGGACUGAGUAUCCUAAGUGCCCUAGCCAACUGAAUCAGAUUAGGAAUUCAUACGGCACCAAGCCUGAAUUACCUUCUAUAAUACUGAGGAGCAAGAAGCACAACAUUUACAGAAACGGAUUCACCCAGAGAAUCCAAGCUUGUGAAAGGGACGUCUUGGAUGGCGAGUUGUCCCUUUUAAGACAAACAAGUGGUGUAAUUAGCAAUGGGAUGGAAGGAGAGAGAACAGAUAAAAGUACAUGCAAAACUACCACUGAUGGGGCAGAGAAGAUGUUCAAUAUUGGGAGCGAAGAAGCAAUGCAUAAGGAUGGUGGUUUGAGAUGUGGGUAUAAAGUUCAGACUUCCGAAUUGAUUCCUGAAAAAGUUAAAACAGCUCCCAAGUAUAGAAUAAACAAAAGCACUUUGCGCAUGAAAAAUCCUGAUAAACUGUUCAUGAAUGUAUAUGGAACUCCUGCUGACCCUAAUCCCAAAUCAGUUGAGAACAAUGCUCAGCCUGAUCAGGAUCCUACUCUCACAGCCCCAAAGUUAUCCUCAGAUGAGGCAAGCAUGGCGACGCAACUAGAAUGUGCAAAACCUGUUGAAAUGAAUGGUGACACUGACAAGGGUGAGCCUUUGGUUGAUAUAUUAGUGCCUAUUGUACGAGAAGACAUUCCUUCAGAGAGGUCAGACAUUAAAGUAUCUGAACCAAACCUUACGAAAACUGAUGAGCCAGUUCUACACUCUGAACUCAAAACAGCUGAUGCAACAAGUGAAUGCCCUUCACGACAUGUGGAAAAGAAAGUUGUUAAAUACACAUUCCAAAGAAAGCGGAAGAGAGGAACUGUAAGCAUCUCUAACGUGAUGGUCUCGGCUGAGAACGAAGCUCUAGCAAGAAAGAAGGAAAAGGAGAUUGAAUCUUCAGCCGCAGAGAAGUCUAGCUUGGAAGAUAAGUCAUCUUUAGAAAAGGGGCUUUAGCAGGUUGGUGAUCUUUUAUCAUCAGAAAGGAACUGGUGAUGGUUGGUAUGAGUUUCUUGUGAUUAAGAAGCGGGAGUUUUGAAGUUGAGAAGAGAGUAUAUUCACUGCGGAAGUGUAAAUGCAUAGAUGAUCUUUCCAGUUGAACAUUUAAAUGCUUAUUUAAGAGAGUUGUGGAUCCUAGAUGUUGAUACUUUACAGGCGUGUCAUCGUUUAAAUUUUUUCACUCAUAUCUUUGUUGUACUCUCAAGUCUCACCCUGUAUCUCUCUGUCUGUCUGUGUGUCUCACAUUAUGACUUUACUAUAAGAUGUUACUUUGGAGAUUCCUGAAA